AUGGUUGCCGCCUCCUGGAAGAAGUCGCGUUCAGGCAACAUCAACGACACCACCCUGGUCCAGGUCAAAAAGAAGACCGAGCGCGAAGACGAGGACAUGGAGGACGCCAACGUGGAGGGUGAGGCUGAGGACGAUCAGCCCCUGCCUUCUCUCGAUGAUAUUGACGCUGAGCUCAUUGCUGCCGGCAAUGCUCCCACCCCCUGCCCCCAUCGAGAAGGGAAAGGGCAAGAACCCAGUCAAGUUUGGAGAGAUCCCCGUGGUCGGAGGAAAGAAGGACUAGGGCUCGUACAUGGGAUGAGCAGCGGCCGUCCCCACUCCUGUUACCCACCUCUCCACUAUGGUUGGUGA